AUGCAGGGCCCCGGCGCCGCGCUGCUCUUGGCCGGGGGUCAGCUGGGGUCUGUGCGCCCGGGCUCUGCCUCCUGGUACCGCCAGGAGGGCGGCCCCGUGUGCAGCUGGUCGCAGAAGCCGCAGCCGCCUGAGCAGCGCACCGGUUCCCCCGCCCCGUGGCCCUGGGCACACCAUUCCGAGUUCCGGCUGCCUGGGACGCUGCCAUGCCCCGGACCCGCCUCCGCCGGUCCCGACGGGGCCAGCGUAGGCGGCCAAGGCCAGGCCGGCAGCCCCGCCUUUGCGCUCCGUCUGGACUGCGCCUUCCCAACGCUCGCCCGCAGCGCCCAAGCCAAGGGCGCCGCGGAUCCCCACCCCCUCGGGCCCACGCACACCCCGGCUCUGGAUGAUCCCCAACCGCAGGAAGGUUCAUUCGUCCUCUGGCGAGGAUUCUCCAAGGCAUCUCACCACAUGGGCCGACUCAGAAAUGCCAAGAUCCACGUGGAGAGAGCUGUCAAGCAGAAGAAAAUCUUUAUGAUCCAAGGCUGCUACCCAGUGAUCCGGUGCCUCUUGCGCCAGAGGGGCUGGGUGGAGAAGAAGAUGGCCCAUCACACAGGUACCACCACCCUGCCACCACCCCAGAAGGAUCUGGAUAGCUCAGUGAUGUGUGAUAGUGACACCACCGAGGAUGAGGAUGAAGAUGAAGAUGAGGAGUUCCAGCCACCACAGCUUUUUGACUUCAAUGGUUUACUGGAAUUUGAUGACCUGGAUGGGACCCAUGCUCUGAUGUCCCGCAUGGUUCGGAACGAGACCCCCUACUUCAUCUGGACCACUCGUCGCGAUGUGCUGGACUGUCGCCUUCUCUCCAAGGAUCAAAUGGUCAACCACUACGCUCGGGCCGGCUCCUUCACCACAAAGGUGGGUCUAUGUCUCAAUCUCCGGAAUUUGCCCUGGUUUGAUGAGGCUGAUGCUGACUCCUUCUUCCCACGCUGCUACCGCCUGGGGGCUGAAGAUGACAAACGAGCCUUCAUAGAGGACUUCUGGCUGACAGCUGCUCGCAACGUUCUCAAACUGGUGGUGAAGUCCGAGUGGAAGCCAUACUCUAUCCAGGAAGAAGAGGGAGAGGCCCCAGGAGGCAAGCAGCACAAGAAACAGGAGAAAAAGCCAGUGACAGUGUCCCCAGAGUUUGUGGACGAGGCUCUGUGUGCAUGUGAGGAGCACCUUAGCAACCUGGCCCACAUGGACAUUGACAAGGAUCUGGAGGCCCCACUGUACCUCAGUCCUGAGGGCUGGUCCCUCUUCCUCCAGCGCUACUACCAAGUGGUCCAUGAGGGGGCAGAGCUCAAGCACCUUGACACUCAGGUCCAGCGCUGCGAGGACAUCCUACAGCAGCUGCGGACCGUGGUACCCCAGAUCGACAUGGAAGGGGAUCGCAACAUCUGGAUCGUGAAGCCAGGAGCCAAGUCGCGUGGACGAGGCAUCAUGUGCAUGGACCACCUGGAGGAGAUGCUGAAACUGGUCAACUGCAACCCCAUGAUAAUGAAAGAUGGCAAAUGGGUGGUGCAGAAGUACAUUGAGCGGCCCCUGCUCAUCUUUGGCACCAAGUUUGACCUGAGACAGUGGUUCCUGGUGACGGACUGGAACCCGCUUACUGUUUGGUUCUACCGUGAUAGCUAUAUCCGCUUUUCAACGCAGCCCUUCUCCCUGAAGAACCUGGACAACUCGGUGCACCUGUGCAACAACUCCAUCCAGAAACAUCUGCAGAACUCAUGCCACCGGCAUCCCCAGCUGCCCCCAGACAACAUGUGGUCAAGCCAGAAAUUCCAGGCCCACCUGCGGGAGAUGGGGGCCCCGGAGGCCUGGUCCACCGUCAUUGUGCCUGGCAUGAAGGCUGCUGUGAUCCAUGCGCUGCAGACCUCCCAGGACACUGUGCAAUGUCGGAAGGGCAGCUUCGAGCUCUACGGUGCAGACUUUGUGUUCGGGGAGGACUUCCAGCCCUGGCUGAUUGAGAUCAAUGCCAGCCCCACCAUGGCGCCCUCCACGGCGGUCACAGCCCGGCUCUGUGCUGGCGUGCAAGCCGACACCCUGCGUGUGGUCAUCGACCGGCGGCAGGACCGCAACUGUGACACAGGAGCCUUUGAGCUCAUCUACAAGCAGCCUGCUGUGGAGGUGCCCCAGUAUGUGGGUAUCCGGCUCCUGGUAGAGGGCUCCACCAUCAAGAAGCCCACAGCACACCGGCGGAUGACGAUCUGCCCUGCUCUCCCUCACCUGCUCACCCAGCAAGACUCUGGGGAAGGCAAGGACUCAGGGGCCCUCACCCACAGGUCAGCUUCUAGGAAAGUUGCUGGGGCCAGGAGCCUGGGGCACGUUGAGAAGCCAGACUCCACUGCCACCACCUCAGCCCGCGGAAAGGGGAAGAAAGGCAAGGCGAAAAGUGCCACAGCUCUGGUCUGCCCCAAUCUCCGGAAGUGGGAACCCCCUGGCGUCAGGAUGGGCUACAUUUUCACCAUGACCUUUGCUAGUGGGGACAGGCAACCCCACCCCUUGAACAGAUUGCCACUGAGUCUGAAGAACCCCCAGGCCCUGGCCCCUUACCGUUUCCCCAGCCUCCACACCAAGGCUGUGCUGCCUUCUCCCCAUGUAUUCCGACCCCAGGGGCGGGGCCUCAGACUGCAGCACAAGCUGGUGGGCUCUCCGGCCCUGUCGACCACAGGCAAGGCCUUGAUGACUCUUCCUAUGGCCAAGGUUUUCAUUGUCCUCCCACCUAAGCCUGAGGUCAGGCCGGCACCCAGCAAGAGACCAAGCCAGGCUGUUGUACCCCAGAGCUUUCGUGGCUUCCGUCCUGUAAGUGCCUUGUGGCCUCUGUCCCUGGAACUUGGAGCACUUCCUGUCACCCACAGGAAUGUCAAGGCCAAAGGCGAGUUCAAGGACACAUUCUACAACAAACCCAUGACUGAAGCAUGCCUCAAGAAGGGGCUGAGCCACCCAAAACCUCUACCCCUUAUUGGUGCCCAACAGAUGUUGGGGGGCAUGGGGGAUGCGAGGCUAGAAAAGCCCCUGCUUCAGUCCCCACUGCCCCUGUCCUGGACUCAGGGUCAAAUAAAAUGGAGCAAGUAAAGUCAUCUGGGCUUGGCUCCAUUUCUAUUGGAGGCUGCAGAGGAUGGGGGAGGGGAGGCAGGAGGCUGCACUCCAAGUCCUAGUGUGCCAUCAUCCUAGAGAGCCAGAGGCCAUCAGGGACUCUGCAUGGAGCAACUCCAGAAUUCUUACUUAGUGACAAAGACAUGGGUCUUCCGGUUUAGCCACUCCCAUGGUAUCUCUGAUCCUUGGGUGGGGGAUGAGGAGAUAAGUCUCAUUUUACAGAUAAGGAAUCUGAGUCUGAAAGAAAAUUUGGGGCUCGCCCAAGGUCACAUGGCAGUGAACAGGAGGCAAGGACUCAUGACAGAAUGAAAUCUAAUGGGCACAGAAACACUUACAACAUGACACAUAGAGGAGACCCCUUCUCCAAGGGGUGUGGACUUGUCUCUUCCUUUGCAGUGGGCCAAAGUCACCUGAAAAUGAAAUAGCCAACAAGCCGCACCCAUCUGAAAAAGUGUAGUACUUCCUAGUUGUCGUGGGUUGAGUGGUGGCUCCCCAAGAUAUGUCUACCUGGAACCUGUGAAUGUGACUUCAUUUGGAAAAAAAGUCUUUGCAUAUGUGAUUAAGUUAAAGAUCUGGAGAUGAGUUCAUCCUAGGUUAUCUGGGUGGGCUCCAAAUCCAAUGACAAAUGUCCUGGUAAGAGACAGAAGAGAAGACAGACUCAAAGUAGAAGCUUACGUGAAGACAGAGGCAGAAGCUGGCGCAAUGCAGUCACAAACUGCCAGAAGCUGGAAAAGGCUUACCCCGUCAACUUUCACCCAAACCCCAAUAAAAUAUUCAAAAACAAAACCACUAGAAGGGAUAAACCGGUAUACUCAAACACUGGAAUUCAAGCUACACGCAAUACAAUGGGGAUGCAUUUCACAAUGUGGAGUAAAAGCAAAUCAUAAAAGAA